UGACUAGGCUUGUCUCAAACUUUCCUCAACGAGUCUUCUCUCUCUCUCUCCCCAUGAAAAAUAGAGCCUGAGACACAAGUUGACGCUUAUCAGAGGACAGAGGGCAACAAGCUGGAGCAGAUAACAAGGUGUCCCAGAGUCUGGAGGAAGAGAGGAGAGGCACAGAAUCCUUUGCCGGUUGCCGGUUCGAUCCCCGACCAGUCCACCACAGCUGAAGUGCCCUUGAGCAACCCCUAACCCCUCACUGCUCCCCGAGCGCCGGUUGGGCAGGCAGCUCACUGCUCUGGGUUUGGUGCACGUAUUAUUGUGCUGAUGAUUAUGAGACGGCGCUGUCUCCUUAAACACCUGAAUACUGGCCAGAAGAAUGGAUGUCUCUGUGGGCUUUCUAGUGGUUUUGGUUAAAGUAAUACAAGGCUUCCAAAUCCAGAAUCUUUCCUCUGGUCCUCUGACGGCCCAGCUGGGAGGUUCUGUUCUGCUGCCCUGUUCUGUGGAGACCCCCUUACCUCUGGAGGAGCUGGAGGUGGAGUGGAGAAGAACAGACUCAGAUGUGCUGGUGCACCUGUUCCAGGAGGGAGAAGAGAGACCAGAGUCACAGGAUUAUGCCUACAGGGGAAGAGCCCACUUCCUCACUGUGGAAAUUUCACAAGGAGACUACUCCUUACUUCUGAGCAAUAUAUCACGAGGGGAUGUUGGAAUUUACAGUUGCAAAGUUUACACUGCCAAUGAGGCACACCAAAUCACAAUUGAUCUUAAAGGUGUUGAAUACUUGGUAGUGACUGGAACAGGUGCUGUUGCAGCUGCUGUGGGUGAAGAGGUUGUCCUGAACUGCACUGUGGACUCCCACAUCCCACCUGAGGAAAUGGAGGAGGUCGCCUGGAAGAGGACAGACAACGAGAUGGUAGUGCUUCGUUACCAGCAUGGCGAGGUCCUCGUCUCUUCAGAUGUACAGUAUCGAGGCAGAGCUGAGUUGUUCUCCACAGAAAUUUCCAAAGGCAACUUCUCCCUAAGAAUGAAGAGUGUCAGGACUGAAGACAAAGGGGAGUACAUCUGUGAAGCCCAUAGCGGGAGUCUGUCAGCCAACACAACUGUUGUACUGCACGAUUUGGGUCUCUCCUUUCUGCAUUAUCUUGUCUUGAUGUGCUGUGUUGCAUCCUUUGUGAUGAGCUGUGUAGCUGUUGUCCAUUUCAUGACCAGAGGCAGAGAUGAUAAUGUCUUGCCAGUGCAUUCCUUACUGGUUUUCAGUCCAAACGUGCUGUUAUUCAGUGGAUUCAUCUUGUGGGGAUCAGCUGGAGGGUUAUUUAGUGAGGCAGCUGCCUGCUCAGUGGUCAAUCUAACACGGAUCCCCUUGUUGCUUGCGAUUACUCCAUAUGUCGGCGCAGGUUCUUUCCAAAAACUGAUCGGAGGUGUGAGUGUCACUGUUGAACACACACUUAUUGCUGUGGUUGUAUACUCAGAUGCCUUCAAUCAGAGGUUACAAUGGAUCUCUCUGGGGAUUUUUGAUUCAAGCCACAUCAUAAAAAUAAGAGUGCAUGCCUAUUUUGGAUCAAUCAUUUUGUUCAGUUUCUGUGGACUCUGUGCAGAAAUAGAAGCCACAUAUCAGUUACCAUGCAUGCUUCCCAGGACUGAACCAGUGCCUAACUCUAAAAUGGAACCAUCAAAACCAAUCUGGACAUUUAUACUUCUGGAGAUAAGCAGCUGUUCUCAGAUGUUGUUUCUCGCUCUUAAAACUGGAGCAUUCUCCCAUGUGUUUAGGAAUUCAUUAAUAUGUAUCGCUGUGAUUUCAACAAUCAGUAUUGUACUAAUCUAUAGACUGGUAAGGAAGAAGCUGCAACAUCGGGGACGAUUAUGCUGGGCAGCAACCAUGGCUGCUUUGAUUCCAGCACGUUUUAUCAUAACCAUUUAUUUUGUUAGUCAUGUCCUGGAUGGAACUGAAGCCAUUUCACCUGGAGAAGGUGCAGGGCUUCUUUGUGCUUUUACUCUAUUAAAGAUGUUAGCAAAUCUCUCCUUGUCAAAGCAUCCAGAUAGCACACCUGAUAUACCACAAACCAUUGUAUAUAUGUUUGGAGCUACUAUUCUAAGUAUUUUAAAUUCAAUUGGUUUGACAACAAAAUUGCUCCUGACCUCAGUGGCAAGCAGAAGUGCCAAUCAAAAAGUACCUGAUCUUCGACUCCUCACCUUUCCAUCAGAAUGUCUCUUUGUGUUUGGGUGUUUUAUGCUGCAGAUACGUGAUUGCUGGACUUACGAAACCCGAACACAGAACAACUCAGAAAUGCAUGGAGACCUCAUACAGGACACAUCUGUCAAUCACGGGACAGAAGCUAUCACGUUAACUAAUUUGCACACUUCAGACCCUUCUGAGGUAAUCCUAGUACACAUACAGGCCUGAGAUAUAUUUUCCCAUGGUUUCAUCAUCAAGGUCCAUAGGGUGUCAAUUAUACAAAAAUGUGUACUAUUCUCAAAUACUGUAAAUACAAUAACUACUUUCAAUGUCUAAUCAUCUAUCUAAAUUAACCUAAUUCCAAUUAUUCACUUCACAGUAGAUGACAUGUUCUUUUAAUAGUGUGGUAUCUGCCCCACCUGAAGGUCUAAAUGGAAAGGGAGGAUGAGAGUAUUGUUGCAAAUUUGCAAUCUCACCAAUGUAGCUUUUGAAGACAGUUAUAAUGUGGUUUUGCACUCUCAGAUCGACUCAAAUAUGUUGGACACUUUUGGUAUAGAAAAGGCUCUAUUGUCUCCUUGAGCUCACUGAUAGAUGGACAAGUGAUGAAGCAUCUAAUGGACACAUUUUUGUUUUGUGUAUUACUUACACUUUUAACAAAUCAUCCCCUUAAUUGACAGCAAAUCUGUAUGUUUAUAGGUGAUCUGAGGAUCACAAUGAAGAGGCGAAUCAACCAAAUGUUCACCUGCAAAUCUGCAAGGAUUUAUAAUGUGAUCCAGACCACCAGCAAAUUUACAGAAGGUUCCUCAUUAUUCUUUGAAAAGACAAAAGAU